AUGUCGACGCCUACCACGGCCACUGCGACGCUUCCUCACUACGCCGCUGGCUACCCAUUCUCCCACCAGUCGUCGUACCGGCCGACACAUCCUCAUUCCGGCCCGUCGGGUCGUCUGGCGCCUCCGCAGGUGUCCUCGCCAUCGUCUGCGUCGGCCUCGUACGCUCCCUAUUCCCCGUCGUCCUCCCAUCUCAUCCCGGCCGCCGUGGCCAACGGGGCCGCUGUUGCUGCGAACCACUCCAAUCACGCCAAUCACGCUCGGCAGCCACAGCACCAGGCACCGCAGCAUUAUCACCACACAACCGCCCACAGCCAACAGGGCCAAAACCACGUUUCGUCCUCGUCGUCUCAGCACAACGGACACCACGCCGGGCCCUACGGGUCACACGGGUCGCACGGGUCGGCUGUUUCCUCGCCGAGCUACUCGGCCACCACAACCAUUACCCUCCCGCCGCCUUCACGGCUGUCCCACGGGACUGCUGCCACCGGCACCACGCCCUCGGCCUCGACCCUCGACGCCGCCUCCCAAUCGUCCAUGCAUGCCGCCAUGGGCUCAUCACAACACGGGGAUUCGCAGCCGCCACGCAAGCGUCGCCGGUCGGGCCCGCCGGAUUGGGGCUCGUUCUACAAAAAUGGCCUGCCGCAGGAGGUCAUUGUGAUUGAGGACAGCCCCGAGCACGACGCGUCUGCCCACGGUCGCUAUGGCAGCGGACACGGUGCAGCCUCGGGAAGCCGCAAUGGCACACUUGGUUCACACGGUGCUCACGGUGCCGGUGCCGUCGACGUUGCCGCCGUUGCCUACCACUACGACCAGAAAGACCAACUUGCCAAUGGUGGCAGUGGUGCCACCGCCGACCGCCACAUUGCGAAGAAGCGGCGGCGAACAGACGACCGAUAUCCGCAGCAGCAGCAGCAACAACAGACAACAACACUGCCGCCGGCCAGCUCUCUCGUGGCCAACGUCGGCUCGACCAGCGGCAGCCGCUACGACCCGGUGCACAACUACCUGCAGCACCAGCACUCGAGCGGCUCGACCAUUUCCAGCGAGCGGACCAACUCCAACUCCAACAAUUCCAACGCGUCCCUGUACACCACGACGGCCACGGCCGCCAACACGGCCGCCACAUCCCUCGUGUCCUCCAACGGGCAGUACGAGUACGACGUGGGCAGCCAGAAGCGCAAGCGGACGACGCGGCAGCAGGCGGCCAACGAGUCGAAGAAGCGCGAUCGCGAGGCGGCGGCGCUGGGCCUCGCCUUUGCCAACUACCGGCCACCGCCCCUGCCUCCCGUCAAGGCCGCCGAAGUCGACGUCAAAGUCAUUCGCGAUGCACCCCACUCCAAGAACGUCAAGGUCGACGACGACGACGGCCAUUACAUUGUCGUGCCCGAGACCGACCUGACCAAGCGAUACCAAAUGGUGAAACUCCUCGGCCAGGGCACGUUUGGCAAGGUCGUCCAGGCCCGCGACCGCGAGAAGAACGAACUCGUCGCCAUCAAGAUCAUUCGCUCUGUGCAAAAGUACCGCGAUGCCUCGCGAAUCGAACUGCGCGUGCUCGAGACGCUCAAGGCCAACGACCGCGAAAACCGCAACCGCUGCAUCCAUUUGCGGGAAUGCUUUGACUUCCGCGGUCACAUCUGCAUUGUCAUGGAUCUCCUGGGCCAGAGCGUGUUUGACUUUCUCAAGGGCAACGGCUUUGUACCUUUCCCUAACAGUCAAAUCCAGAGCUUUGCCCGCCAGCUUUUUACCAGUGUUGCCUUCCUCCACGACCUGCAACUCAUCCACACCGAUCUGAAACCCGAAAACAUCCUCCUCGUCGAUGCCAACUACCAGACGUUCACGUACAACCGCAAAAUCCCAUCGUCAUCUACGACUGUCGGCCGCCAGGCUACUCAGCGACGUGUCUUGCUCGACACCGAGAUUCGACUGAUCGAUUUUGGCUCGGCCACCUUCCAGGACGAAUAUCACUCCUCCGUCGUGUCCACGCGCCACUACCGCGCGCCCGAAAUCAUUCUCGGCCUGGGAUGGUCGUUCCCGUGUGACAUUUGGAGCAUCGGCUGCAUCCUGGUCGAGUUUUUCACCGGCGACGCCCUGUUCCAGACGCACGAUAACCUCGAGCAUCUCGCUAUGAUGGAAGCGGUGUGCGACGGCCGCAUCGACACGCAUCUCGUCCAGCAGGUCGUGAAGUCUACCCGUCACGGCGUCCGCCCCGCGGCCAAAUACUUCAAGAGGUUAAAGCUCGACUAUCCCUGUGAGGAGACUACGCGUGCUUCAAGGCGAUUUGUGAAGGCCAUGAAGAAGCUGAAUGACAUUAUCCCCACGACCAACAAUUUCCUGCGGCAAUUCCUCGACUUGCUCAAGCGCAUCUUCAUCUACGAUCCCGCCCAGCGCAUCACCGCAAAAGAAGCCCUGCAGCACCCCUGGUUCCGCGAGAUCGCCGUGCAAGACGACGGUACGGAGGCAGCUAAGAUCCGCCACCAGCGUGCGCGCGCCUCGCGAGAACGAACUACCUCUCGGGUCGCUCAACCACACCCAUGA